UUUACAGUUAUUAGCCUAAAAUAUAUUCUUUCCUCAAAUGUGUUGUAGAUUGGCUGUCUAUUUUCAGCCAUCGUGCACAGUGUGGUGCAAAGGGGCUGUUUUUUUUUUCUUUUUGCUGACAGUGUUGAAUGGGGAUUAUGUGUAGACCACAUGUCCAGCCCUUUUGUUGAACCUUUUUGUUGUCUUUUUGUACCUCGUGAGUAAAUCGAUGUAGGUACUACAGUUGAAAGGGAAAUAUGCAUUGACAGGGGCUUUUCUCCAAAGCAAAGGUCACCCAGAGCAGCAGAGUUUUAGUCUGGUCUGUACAGAAGCCACAGGUUGGCAAUGAGGGCCAAGCACCACAGCGUAGUUGAACCUAUAGAGCCAAGCCAUGUCAUUAAACUACAUAAAGAACUUCUAUGAGGGAUUUCUCCGGCCGCCGACUGUGAUUGGUCAGUUCCACACCCUGUUCUUUGGGUCCGUGCGUAUGUUUUUCCUGGGGGUUCUGGGAUUUGCAGUUUACGGCAAUGAGGCCCUCCACUUUAGCUGUGAUCCUGACAGAAGGGAACUGAACCUAUUUUGUUACAACCAGUUUCGACCGAUAACACCUCAGGUAUUUUGGGCCUUACAGCUUGUGACUGUUCUGGUACCAGGGGCUGUGUUCCAUCUCUAUGCAGCAUGUAAAAACAUAGACCAGGAGGAUAUUCUUGAGAAACCUAUCUACACAGUCUUUUACAUCAUCUCUGUUCUUUUGCGAAUCGUCCUGGAGGUGGCAGCAUUUUGGCUGCAGAGUCAUCUCUUUGGCUUUCUGGUUCACCCUCUGUACUUCUGUGACGCCAGCUCACUGGAAAAGGCCUUCAACUUCACUAAGUGUAUGGUCCCAGAGCAUUUUGAAAAGACUAUCUUUCUCAGUGCCAUGUACUUAUUCACCAUCAUCACUGUGGUUUUGUGUAUUGCGGAGAUUUUCGAAAUCCUCGGUAGAAGGUUGGGCUACUUGAGCAACCAAUGACACCUUCUGACCAUCUUGUAAAAUGUUAUGUAAAAUGUCUUAGGGGGUUCUUUUAUUUUCAUAUUUUAAUGAUCGUUAAACAUCCAUCCAGCUGUUCCUCUGUAAUUUCAUAUAAAGCAUAUUGAGCAUUUAAUCUCAGGUAGAAUGGAAUGUGACUGUGAAAUGUACUUAACUUGAGUCUUUAUUUAGUUACAAAAUAUUAACAAGCACUAAUAUAGUUUUAGCUUCUAAUAAUUAGUUGCUAAUAUAGCAACUAAUAUACUAAUAUAGUUGCUAUUGGUCCUUUGUGUGAUGAAGAACCACUUUUUGCUCUAAAACUUUUUUAUGCUAAUAAAAAAAAAAAUCUCUAAAUGCAAACAUAAUUUACCACGUUUACCAAGUCUCUGUAACAUAAAUUGUUUUUUAUGGAACCAAAAGAGGUAUACUCUUUUGUUCUGACAGACAUCUAUGUCCUUCUGAUCUAUAAUGUCAUGGAAUUUUGCUUUUCCAUACUGUUACAGGAGCACGUCUUCAUAUUAAACAUUUUUAAACCAGUGUCACAAAUGAUUCCUAAGUGUCUGUAAAUGCUGUCCUCUGCAAAUUAUUAUGUAUACAAAGAAUGUUAAGAGGAAACUGUAUUGCUGUUGUCUCUAAUGAAAGCAUGAUGUUAACAUAAAGUA